GCAGGCAGGCAUCACGAUGAAUGGCGCCAACAGCUACGGGCAACAGCUGCAGAGGAGCAUUGAAUGCACCCGCGUCACCACCAUUAGCGGCGUCCGUCUCCAUCUACCCCGAGCCCAGGACGGGGGGCGCCCAUGUCCUCUCGCCAUUAAUGGCCCUAGCGCUAUAAAAAUGGCAGGAUAAACACUCUCACGCGCACAGACGCGCGCAUUAAACUCGCAGAUGCCCAUCCCGGCCCUCCCGUGUACUAGUGCCUGGAGCCUGGAGGAGGAGCUAGAGGCUAGCUAGCAAUGGGGAUCUGCUGCAGCAGGGAAGGAGGGAGGGAGGAGCUGGAGGAGGCGGAGGGGUGGUUCCCAUGGAAGCACGACGACUUCUUGCAGGAGCAGCUCUCCGGCGCCGCCGGGGUGUCCAUGCACACCAAGCAGGGCUGGAAGGGCGUCAACCAGGACGCCAUGGCUGCCUGCCAGGACUUUGCUGGCCACAAGGGCCAGAUCUUCUGCGGGGUCUUCGACGGGCACGGGCCCCUCGGCCGUGAAGUCGCCCGGCAUGUCCGUGACGCCCUCCCGGCGAAGCUGUCCUCCGUUUUGGCGGCACCAAAAACCGAAGAGGACGCCCCCUCAAGCAACGCCGACCUAGAUUCGUUCGACAAGUCGGAUGAUUCCACCACCUUUAGCGACACGAGCGACGAGAGCCAGCUGAUCUCUUCAUGGAAGAGCUUGAUCGUGAAGGCUUUCGAGGACGUCGACCAGGAGCUGAGGCAGCAUUCUGGGAUUGACUGCAUUUGCAGUGGCACAACUGCUGUCACCGUCGUUAGGCAGGGUGAUCACCUAAUAAUUGCCAAUCUAGGCGAUUCACGCGCUGUUCUUUGCGCGCGCGAUAGCAAGGACCGCCCGGUUUCGGUGCAGCUCACAACCGACUUGAAACCAGAUCUUCCAGGUGAAGCUGAGAGGAUCCUGAGUUGCAAGGGGAGAGUCUUUGCCAUGGACGAUGAGCCUGAUGUGCCUAGGCUGUGGUUGCCAGACCAGGACGCUCCGGGCCUCGCCAUGGCCAGGGCUUUCGGGGACUUCUGCCUCAAGAACCAUGGCCUGAUCUGCACACCAGAAGUGUACUACAGGAAGUUGUCUGAAAAAGAUGACUUCUUGGUGCUUGCCACUGAUGGGAUAUGGGACGUGCUAUCCAACAAGGAGGUGGUCAAGAUCGUCUCGUCGGCCUCUGACCGCUCAAAGGCGGCGAAGCAGCUCGUGGACCGGGCGGUUCACGCGUGGCGUCGCAAGUUCCCGACAUCGAUGGUUGACGACUGCGCGGCUGUCUGCCUCUUCCUGAAGCCAGCCAUUUCAUCCGAGGAAGAAAGCACGAUCAAGCCGCCUCACGCAUCCGUCCUAUCCUUCACGGGGAGCUUCCGCAAGGCUCUGAGCGGCGGGGGUGAGGCGGAGGAGGGGACGGCGGUGUGGAAAGCGUUGGAGGGGGUGGCUCGGGUGAACUCGGUGAUCAGGCUGCCGAGGAUGUUGAGCCGGCGGUGGCGGUCGGGGUCGAUGGAUGAAAACAAUACCGACCAAGAAUCAUCCAAGACUGAUCAUUGACUGAUGGAUUCAUGCAAUUAAGGCUUACAUGGCCAAAAUUUAUGGAUAUUUUAGAACUUGAUUGAUAGUUUGAUGCACCAUGUUCACGCAAAUCAGGCUGUUCAGAUUGGAUGUUAAUUUGAUUGUCAUGUACACUCGUUGGGUUUAGUGUGAUUUCUGAUACCACCUGGACAUGAUUGAAAUUUGGAAUAGAUUCAGCUGUUGUUCGCCUC